AUGCUUGGGCUCGCAGUGCCCGCCGUAUUCGAGUUCCCAACCUUGUCCGCUCUCGCCCCUGUAAUUCAUGAGAGACGGAUUGAAGAUCAUAUACCAUCGCUUCCGCGGCCGGAAUGGGCCUUUUCCUACUUGCUGGCCAGCGUGACUGAGAAGUGGCAGUCGAGCGAUAUUGUGGCUGUCCUGCCCACCACCGACUUCCAGCGUGUCUAUCUCAAUGCCGGUCUGAAGAACUACUACAUCUGGCGGAUUGACCGUCCGAUAGAUGCGGAUCAACUCCAGCGCGCCCUUCAGAUACUCUGCGACCAAGUCCUCGUGCUACGGUCGCUUUUCAUCCGCCAUGCUGAUACCACCCUCCAAGUGGUGCUGCGUCGAAUGCAGGUAGAGCUGAUACAGACCACCAUUAACCAGGAGAGCGUCGAUGAAGAGUGCCGUUCCUGGUGUGCAAAUCACAACCGCUCUCCAGAUGUCCCAGAUGGCUCGCCGUAUUUCCAGCCGAUGCUUAUAUCUUCCAAGCCGUCGAAACACAUCUUGAUCCUCCGCCUAUCCCAUGCUCAGUUUGACGGUUCAACGCUCCCCCGCUUACUCGGUGACCUUGUGCGGGAAUAUCAAGAUCAUGCACUGCCGCAGCCAGUCGUAGAUUUUACUGCCUACCUGCAGCAUCGCCUGGCCCGCCGUACGCCCGCUGCGUACUACUUUUGGAGAGAUUACCUGCACGAGGCGUUCAUCCACCGGGCGUUUAUGGUUGGAUUCGACAACUUCACGCUUUCGAGCCCACCGCGUGGCAUCACUAUGGCGACCUUGGUCAAGGCUCCAUGGGCGUUGGCGUGGGCUCGACUAGGCAAGCAGACAGACCUUGUCUUUGGUCAUACGGUGAGCGGGCGGAAUAUGCCAAUCCCUGACGUGGAUCAAAGGACUGGUUACUGUAUCAAUACUGCCCCCAUUCGCGUUCAUAUCCAGCCUGCCUGGACUGCUCACGAGCUUCUUCGCCACUUCCACACUCAAUACACUCGCACUCUUGACUACGAGACGAUCGAGCCCAGUGAGAUCAUAGUACAGUGCACAGCCUGGCAAGGAAAGCCCGGCUUUUCUGCAUCUUGGGAUUCACGAAGAGGUAUUCCAGAGCAUGUCAUGGCCGGUUCAGCUUAUGGCUGA